CUUCCGUUCAGAAAGGAUUUUUGUUUUUGCCGAGGUUAGGUUGAGUUCCAGCGACCCUCCGUUUAUGGCUCAGUGUAUCCAUGCAUUAUCAAUAACGUCAAACUAACUGGUAUAGGUCACACAGACUCGAGUCGAAGUUCUUUGCUUGGAUCAUUGCUUGCUGAACUGUCGCGGUUGACGUGCUGGGAACUAGUUGCCGGAGUAAACCAUGGCAAAUUCCUCCUCGUCGAGAAUGCUUUCAGGGCGAUGUGGCGGUCUGCUCGUACUGCUGGUGUGCCUGGCGCUCAGCCGGCAUCCUGCCUAUGCAGAAGGAGACCCUGCAGAGACGAACCAGUCAGAAGGCCAACACAGCAAACCAGAGGGGCCAGCGGCAGCACCAGCAGCAGCACUGACAGCACCCCCGAAAGAUGGUGGUGCAGGGAUUGGCGAGAGUGCGUGCACACCUCUCCAGUGCGCGCUGGGACCCGUGUUGUCGGGAUGCAGCGCGCCAUCACACAUCUACCAAUGUUCCAACCUCAGCCUUUCCACCUUCUCGCUUUCCACUACCAGCUCCGCCACGGAACUGGAUUUGUCACACAAUCAACUGAGUUCUCCUAUUGGACAGGGCGACUUUCCAGCGAAGCUGACGAAACUGAACUACGCUUUCAACAGUAUUCGCUUAGGAAUUACUUUUGAGUUACCUAUCUCAGUAAUUGAAGUUGAUUUGUCGCAUAACUCGAUGCCCGAGCUCAGACCACAUGCCAUUGUGCAAGGAGAUCCAACUUUGGCAACACUGGACCUUUCUUUCAACAAUAUUUCAAGCUUACAAGCUGGUAGCUUUGCUGGCUUGAGCAACCUGCGCACACUGGAUCUCUCCUUCAACCAGUUGUCGACGUUGACCACUGAAGUCGUUAAUGGAUUGGCCAACCUUGAAACGCUGGACCUGUCCUUCAAUCGUUUGUCAAGCUUGUCAGCCGGUGUCUUCAAGGGCAUGGACAAGCUGAAAACACUUCAAAUUCAGGGUGCUUUCUUCCAACAGAUUCCCGUGGAGGAGUUUACCGCAUUGACAUCACUCACGCUCCUGAAUUUCAAACACAUCCAUCAGUACGGCUGUGGUGCAACUCUGAAAAGCAUGUGUGACUUGCAGGAAAUGAAUGACACCAACACCAAGUUACACGUUACUCCGUUCUUCCUCUCGAAUAACAAAUAUGCUCUUUCCGAAAUCAAGCUUUACUGUGGAACGCCAAGCUAUGUGCAAGCAAACGGGCAGUCAAAGGGUCUAGUGGGAUGCUAUAGACCGCUGACGAUCGCUGCUGGACCCACAACUACACAGCCCACUCAAGACCGAGCAGCGGAAGGAAACGUGGCUCCAGCUACCACUGCUCGUGCCGUCGACUCUGCACCCACGACCAAAGCAGCCGCUGCACAACCGGAGGAACCCCUCCAGACUCAGAACCCCCAGGGCAAUGCACAGCCUGGACCACCCACCGACCCUGCAGUUCCUGCACCCAUGACCAAAGCAGCCGGUGCACAACCAGAGAUACCCCUCCAGACUCAGAACCCCCAGGGCAAUGCACAGCCUGGACCACCCACCGACCCUGCAGUUGCUGCACCCACGACCAAAGCAGCCGGUGCACAACCGGAGGAACCCCUCCAGACUCAGAACCCCCAGGGCAAUGCACAGCCUGGACCACCCACCGACCCUGCAGUUCCUGCUACCGUCAACAACCAGCCAAACAGUGCUGUAGGCACAGCAGCACCUGUGCAGCCCAACCCCGCUCAGCCUGACCACUCUACCAGCCAAGGGCUCUCGGAUGGAAAUAAAGCUCCCGGAGCGGACAGCCCUACUCAACCUGCUGAUGUUCCUCCGCCCGCUGGCAACCUCCCACCGGCUGAUGGUACGCCUUCACCAGCAGACUCUGGUAAACGGCAAGCCGCACCCACAACAGCCGCCGUGCCCAGUCUUGGUGACAAGGCUCUUGACCAGACUACCACCACGGCCCCUGCCCCGGCCACCACCACCGUCGCCGCUGCUGCUGAUCAGGAUGACAAAAAAAGUAUUGAUGUCGCUACAAAAGUGUUCACUGCACCACAGGCUGGGGAUUCAGCAGGCGAUAAGGCACCAGCUGUGGUGACUACCCCAAAGGCGGCAGAUUCCGCCGCACCAGCCACCACUCCAGCUGCUGCUAAUGCUAAUGCUAACACAAGCACUGCUGCACCUGCACCAGCCCAGUCGACCGGUCACUCGUCAUUGAACAAUCCUGCCGCUCCGAAGGCGGCCGAUGGAACCGAAUCUCCAGCUGCCGGUAACGGUGACAACGAUGCAGGUCACCGUGGUAACAAUAACGUACCGGCUCACACUCCGCCAGCAUCCAAUGUCAUUGUCACCGAGAACCUGGCUGAGAAUGACACCCGGGUGACAGAGGCAACCAACGCAGCUGACUCGGCUGCUAACACUGGCAGUAGCGGCAGCAGAACCACCACCGCACCGACACAGCCACAGCCGGCUACAACCCGAGUGCAGCAAACGCUACCACCCGGUGUCGAGAGAACUGCUCCCGUGGAGGGCACCGUGCCCCAGGAGCUGCCUCCGUCGUCACCAGUCAACCCUGACCUGAUCUCUGGAGCUGGUGCGAACAAGAAUGAUGUACCGCCUAGCUCUGGUUCAGGCAGCUUGAUAGGUAUCGCUGCUGGUGCUGGCGCUGUCGUUGUUAUUGCUGUGGCACUGCUCGUCUAUCGCUUCAACUCCGCGGCUCACAAACGCAAUCUCACAACGUCCACACCUUCAAGGGCGGGGAGCAAGAAACCUAUCCUGCCCAAGGCCAGCACGCCCUUGGUCAGUGAACCCGCGGGAGAGAGCUACGAAUGCUGCAUCAGCAACUCCAUCUCCACCGAAGAAGAUAUGUACUGUGACUACGAGACUCUGCCCGUCGACAUGGCCUCGCUUGGCAAGAAUGGGCCGUCGACCAUUCCCGAGUGCCGAGCAGCCUACUCGAGCGGAUCUGCGCGCAGCAGUAUGGCGUUCACCGAUGCAGAGGAAGAGUCUUACGAAACCACGCCGGCCCAGGAGAACUAUGCCAAUGGUCUGCAGCCAGCUGGCACGCCGUCGGAUGACACGUAUGAUGACCCGACUGCCGUUGCCAUUGCUAGCAACACUGACUAUGCCAACAAUGCUCCUACCCCCUUGCCUGCGUCUCUGCAGAAUUACGGCAACAAAUUACUGCCAAACAGGUUCAACUCUGUGCGAGGAAAGCAGUCCGCUUCCCCGCUGAAGCGUAAGAUCGGUGGCUCGACCAGGGGCGAUGACAGGCAGCAGUACACAAAGCCAGGUGUCAAACUUGGCAAAGUGGUGUCAGUGGACGACGGCAAUAUCUUCAAGCUUGAAGAAGUUGUCUAUGAUCAUACGGAUGACUUGAAAAACUUGGCAGCGGCGUCGCCGGUUGCCGAAUCGGAUAUAUACGAUUGCCUGGGUGGUGGUGAUGUCCAGCAGCCAAACCUUGCUUCUCAGAAUAACAUCGACUACAGAAACGCAACGGACUUAUUGGCCAUGGAUGCGACAACCGAAGCCGAAAGCAACUACGCUCUCACGUACGACACGAGCAUCAUGCAGUCCACGGCCGACCCGGCCGUCGAAAGCCUGUACAACAUGUACGAAACCACCCCAGCUCCGAAACGUAAGGACACUGUUGCCGUGCUUGAAGAAGACAUGUACCUGCCAGCGUCUCAGGUCGGGCCCGGGCCAGCAGCAGCUGUGGAUGAGACCUACAGUGAUCUGCCCUGCCUGGAUAUGGAUAUGGAAGCCGAGGGCCUGGAAGAGGACAUCAUGACCACCUACGACGUGCUCUGCGCCGGUGGAAGUUUCGAAGACAAGAAGGCACCAACGUCCACCGACAGUGCCAAGAUGGCCACGCAGCCUAGCCGCCGCUUCAAGAAGUCGUUUCGCCGCUCCGUCAAGCGCUCGUAAUCUGUAUUGCGGGCACGCGUCCCGAACGCCUUGUUCCGUUUUCGGGUCGGGCGCAGAUAUCUAGUGUAGCUCCUAAGACUGUGUGUGUACUGCUACGAUAUUGCUCAGUACUUGGUCCACACAGCACACAGCACACUGCUUUUUGUCAGCGCUGUAGCACUGUUGCCUGCAGCACAAUAAGCUAUUGUUAAUCCUGGCCACUUCUUGCCACACUGCUGGAUCUGACAACGACGUGUGCAGCGUUCAGUUUUAGGGCAUCGAAACUCGGCAGUCCCCCCCCCCCCCAUGACAAAUUUUAUAUUGGAGCACAUCCAGCAUUGAAACCAAGCACUUGAGCAAUAUGUGUGUGUGUGUGUGUGUGUUUGUAUUCAGCAUGAUGAUUCCUUUUUCCAGACUUGUACCUCUUUUCACAGUUUACUAGUCAGCUGUUUGUAAUAAUUUUUGCGCCCAGUUUCCUACUUCACUUCUUGGGGAGCACUAUUUUUCCUCUUCCGUCCGUACUUGACUAAGUAUCUGCCCGUUGCCUAAUUUUAUAUUUUAGUUUCGCUCACGUGAAGCCCAUUGUGCAAAGGGGCCAAACCAGUUGAGCGCAAGUCAACUUUUUCGCGAUGCUACUUGUUCCCGUACGCGAAAUGGCUCUUUUUCUUCUUAUUCUUCACUUGAAGCUUGUGUCCUCGCUGUUCGUUCCAACUGCAGGAUGCACAAUAUCACUUUCAGUCAGCAAACCCAUGAGAAACACGU